AUGUGUGAAGGUCAACCGUUAUUUAAUUGUCAAUUAUCCAAAGGUAUGCACGAAUUGCAUAUUUCAAACAGUGAAAAAGAAGAAGAUAAUGAAAACUAUAAUGAUGAUUUAGAAAGUAAUGAUUUUAUUUGGGACAGAAAUCAAAGUAAAGCUGGUUCAAAAAAUAUUACCAAAAAUAUUCAGACACAACGUAUUAAUGCACAAAAUGUUUCCAAUAAGAUUACAAAUUAUCAACCAUCAGAUAAAUUAUUUCGUCGCUAUGCUAAUAAAAUUAACAUUGAAAGAUAUGAAGGCCCAACUUUACCAGGACAUGCAACAAAUCUUCUUAUGGAAAAUGAUAAACGUGCAGAAAAAGAUAGAUUUAGAACCAAAGACAAACACGAUCGCGCAACUGUUGAACAAGUUUUAGAUCCUCGUACAAGAAUGAUAUUGUUCAAACUUUUAAAUCGGGGUAUAAUUGCUGAAAUUAAUGGAUGUAUUUCAACUGGGAAGGAAGCUAAUGUUUAUCAUGCAACAUCAAAAACAGGAGUAGAAGUUGCAAUAAAAAUAUAUAAAACAUCAAUUUUGCAAUUUAAAGAUAGAGACAAAUACGUUACAGGAGAAUUUCGUUUUCGUCAUGGAUAUUGUCGUCAUAAUCCGCGAAAGAUGGUGCGGACAUGGGCAGAGAAAGAAAUUAGAAAUUUAACUCGUCUUCGCCAGGGAGAAGUAAAUGCUCCAAAACCAAUUUUACUAUGUAGUCAUGUUCUAUUAAUGGGCUUCAUAGGUACUAAUGGUUGGCCAUCACCAAAAUUAAAAGAUGUUGUUCUCACUGCUUCUAAACCAAGGAAAUUAUACAGAGAAUGUGUUGAAACAAUGUGGAGAUUAUAUAAUAAAUGCAAACUUGUUCAUGCUGAUUUAAGUGAAUAUAAUAUGUUAUAUCAUGAUGGAUCUAUUGUAAUAAUAGAUGUGUCACAAGCAGUUGAGCAUGAUCAUCCUAUGGCACUUGAGUUUCUUAGAAAAGAUUGUACAAAUAUCACUGAAUUUUUUAAGAAGAACGAUGUAGGUGUAAUGCCUGUAAAAACAUUAUUUGACUUUAUAACAGAUCCAACAAUAACUGAAGAAAAUAUGGAUAAGUAUUUAGACGCAAUAUCAGAACAAAUGACACAACAGGAAAAACAAGAUGAUGAUCCUAAACAACAAAUAGAAGAACAAGUGUUUAAGCAAGCUUAUAUUCCUCAAAACCUAAGUCAGGUAAUUGAUAUUGAACGUGAUAUCAAUCUUGCUAAAUCUGGAAGAGAGGAUUUGAUAUAUAAAACUCUUGUUGGUUUAAAAUCAGACUUAUCCAAACCUAUUAACACUCCUGAAAUUCUUAGUAAAGAUUUAAAGAAAACAAAUAACAUGGAAGAGAAAGAUGAUUUAUCUGGAGAUAUUGAUGAUUCUGAAAAUGAAAGUAGUGAAGAAGAAGAUGUAAUGGAAAACGAAACAAAAUUUGUUAACUCGGCUCGACCUCGGCAUGAGAGUCCAGACAGUAAAAAGGCACGGAAAAAGGCAGUAAAAGAACAGCAAGCUGAAAAGAGAAAAACUAAAAUAAAAAAACAUAUAAAAAAGAGGAAAGAAAAAGUCUUAAAAAAGAAAUAAUAGUUAAAGUAUUAUUGAAAAACAUUUUAAGAAAUUCAAAAUACGAAGACAUAACAUGAAAGUAAACAUUAAUUUCUUACAUAUUUACCUUCAAAAAUUAGAAAAAGAUAAUAAAAAUAUGUUUUCCUAUUUACUAAAAUUUAGUAUACAUACUGCAUCCUUUGUAAUAUAUUACCCUAUUGUAUAAUGUAUAAAGCAUGAUCAUGUAAACAGGUCUGGACACUUAUAUAUCGAAAGCAUAAACGUAACCGUCCAUCUUUUGAAUCGAAAAAGAUUAAGAUGCAAGACAAGAAAAGGUCUCAUUCUGCGACGUGCAGAGAUGAGUAGAGUGGCUUGGCCUUUAUCUGAACAUUCAUAGUAUCUAUAUGUGUAUAUGUAUAUACGUAUCACGCAUGCGCAAAACGAGACCUCUUGCUUUCCACUUGAUUUUUUGACUCAAAAGAUGGACAGUUUCGUCUAUGCUUUCGAUAUAUGAGUGUCCAGAUCUGUUUAUGUGAUCGUGGAUUGUAUCAUCAUUACAAGAGUGAAUCAUUUAGCAAAUAUUUUAAAAUAAAAAGUAUAAUGGAGAACUA